AUGGCGACAGCACUUCCGCCUCCACCUGGAAGCCACCCUUCGCCUCACCCGGAAGCGCUCCCCUCGGGCCCGGCCCGGAAGUGGUACGAAGCACUGGACUCGUCGGUGUCGGGCCCGGCGGGCGCGGCCGAGAUUCGGCAGUACCUGCGCGCGCGCGGCCUCCCCUUCCAGGAGGGCUACAGCUGCCUGCGCGCCCCGAGCCCCUUCGCGCCCGCGCCUGCCACUCUCUACCUCGACAAGACCACGGGCUGCUUCGUCUGCCCGGCCAGUAACGCCGAGGGCUCGUGGCAGGACUUCCAGGCCGGCGCCGAGCUCGGCCCCGCCGCGCUGACACCCCCUGACCCCGACCCCGAGCAGCAGCGGGAGCAGGAGGACGUGCGGCGCCUCUGGGACCGGGCCCUGCCUGUGGCCGAGCUGCCUGAUGCCGCUGAGACGCGUGCUGCCUUUGGCUUGGGCAAGGUGUCGGACGCCACCCUGAAGCGCUUUGGUGUGCGCUACCUGCCACCGGCCCGCGCCCUUGUCUUCCCCUGGUUCGGCCCCCAGGGGCUUCUGGGACUCAAGCUGCUGGCAGCGGAAGGCUGGGGGGAGGCCACGCAAUAUGUGGAGACCACACUACCCCGCCCCAAUGCUUACCGCAACCUAUUCGGGCUGCCGCUCAUCGGCCGCCGUGAUAUUGAGGUGGUGCUGACAGGCCGCGAGUUGGAUGCCCUGGCUGUGACCCAAGCCACAGGACUGCCCAGCCUGGCGCUGCCCCGCGGCCCCACUUGCUUGCCUCCAGCCCUACUGCCCUAUCUGGAGCAGUUCAAGCGCAUCACACUGUGGCUGGGUGAGGACCUACGCUCCUGGGAGGCUGCCAAGCUCUUUGCCCGCAAGCUGAACCCCAAGCGCUGUUCCCUGGUGCGGCCUGGUGACCAGCAGCCAGGGCCACUGGAGGCGCUCAACCAGGGAAUCAACCUGACCAAGGUGCUGCACUCGGCUCUGCCGGCUAGCCACAAGUCCAUCGUCUCCUUCCGCCAGCUGCGGGAUGAGGUCUUCGGUGAGCUGGCCAAUGUGGAGCAGGUGGCUGGUGUCAGGUGGACUCGUUUCCCUGACCUCAACAAACUUCUCAAGGGCCACCGCAAAGGGGAGCUCACAGUCUUCACAGGUCCGACGGGCAGCGGGAAGACUACCUUCAUCAGUGAGUACGCACUGGACCUCUGCAUGCAGGGCGUGAACACGCUGUGGGGCAGCUUUGAGAUCAGCAACGUGCGCCUGGCCAAGGUGAUGCUGACGCAGUUUGCAACCCAGCGCCUUGAAGAGGAGCUGGACCAGUAUGACGAGUGGGCCGAUCGCUUUGAGGACCUGCCGCUCUACUUCAUGACCUUCCAUGGCCAGCAGAGCCUCAAGGCCGUGAUCGACACCAUGCUGCACGCCGUGUACAUGUACGACAUCGUCCACAUCGUCAUUGACAACCUGCAGUUCAUGAUGGGACAUGAGCAGCUCUCAGCAGACAGGCUGGCUUGUCAGGACCAUGUUGUGGGCACCUUCCGCAAGUUUGCCACGGACAACUCAUGCCAUGUGACGCUGGUCAUCCACCCUCGCAAGGAGGACAAUGAGCGGGAGCUGCAGACAGCCUCCAUCUUUGGCUCUGCCAAGGCCAGCCAGGAGGCCGACAAUGUGCUGAUCCUCCAGGACCGGAAGCUGAGGUCGGGGCCGGGCAAGCGGUACUUGCAGGUGUCCAAGAACCGCUUUGAUGGUGACGUGGGCAUCUUCCCACUGGACUUCAGCAAGACUUCCCUCACCUUCUCGGGCCUUACCAAGGGCAAGGGCAAGGCCAAGCUCAAGAAGGUGAAGGUUGAGAAGGCAGAGAAGCCAGCCAGGACUGGGGACGGAGCUGAGACCUGGAGUGUGGUGGGGGAGACCCAUUGCUGA